UUGCUUCUAAAUUCUGAAUAACCACCAACAAUCUUGAUAAACUGUUGUUUAUAUGGGAUUAUUUGUAGUCUUCAUAAAUUGGGAAUUAAAAUGUAUAAAUAAUUUUAAGUCGUGAACAUAAUCGAUAUAAGAGGAAAACUGUUCACAUGAAAUCAUGAAAAAAGAACGUACGGGCGACAAUUGUCGCCCAUUUAAAUUAGCUCAUCAAAUUUUGAGUUUAACGGGAAUAAGCUUUGAAAGAAGAAGCGUUAUUGGAUUUGUGGAACUUACUGUCGUUCCCCUUAAGGAUAACUUACGCUACAUUCGUCUAAAUGCGAAGCAAUCUCGAAUAUAUAGAGUGUGCUUAAAUGAUCAAUAUGAAGCAAAUUUUCAGUACUUUGACCCAUUUCUGGAUAUAUGUCAAGCCGAUCCAAAUACGAGAUCACUGGAAGCAUUCUCUCAGUAUCAUUUAACUGCAGCACAGAAGACAGACCCUGACCAUAACUCAGGAGAACUUCACAUUCAAAUACCUGAAGAAGCAGCUCACUUAGUUGGUGAAGGCCGAGGGCUCAGAAUUGGUAUUGAAUUUUCACUUGAAUCUCCCCAAGGGGGCAUGCAUUUUGUUGUACCUGAGGGAGAAGGUACUUUGACAGAGAAAUCAGCGCACAUGUUUACAUAUGGACAUUCUGCUCGACUAUGGUUCCCAUGUGUGGAUAGUUUUGCUGAGCCUUGCACUUGGAAACUGGAAUUUACUGUUGACGAAUGCCUCACAGCUGUUUCAUGUGGAGAACUAGUAGAUGUUAUUUAUACACCUGAUCAUAGGAGGAAAACAUUUCAUUAUUUAGUGAAUACUCCAGCUUGCGCACCAAACAUAGCGUUGGCUAUUGGACCAUUUGAAACUUAUGUUGAUCCUUUCAUGAAUGAAGUAACACAUUAUUGCUUACCAAAUUUGCUACAAAUAUUAAAGAACACUGUAAGAUAUUUGCAUGAGGCAUUUGAAUUCUAUGAAGAAACAUUAUCAACUAGAUAUCCAUAUCCCUGUUACAAACAAGUUUUUGUUGAUGAGACAGAAGAUGACGCAACUGCUUACACGACUAUUUCGAUAUUAAGCACUCACCUGCUACACUCGAUUGCUAUCAUCGACCAGACUUACAUCAGCAGGAAGGCAAUGGCACAAGCAGUGGCCGAACAGUUUUUCGGUUGUUUUAUAACUAUGCAGAACUGGUCAGAUCUGUGGCUAGCAAAAGGUAUACCGGACUAUUUAUGCGGACUGUACUCCAAGAAAUGUUUUGGGAACAACGCCUAUCGGUAUUGGAUACAUCAGGAGUUGAAAGAGGUGAUGGGUUACGAAGAACAAUACGGCGGUAUAGUCCUAGACCCGUGGCAGCCGCCCGCUAGUGGAACCAGGAUUGAACCCAAUGUCUUCUAUUUCCCCGUACGCAAUGUUCAUACCAUGUCGCCGCGGUAUAUUGAAGUUAUGCGCAAAAAAUCUCAUUUGGUAUUACGAAUGUUGGAGCAGCGUAUUGGACAAGAGCUCCUGCUUCAAGUAUUUAACAAGCAGUUGGCGUUGGCCACCAAUGCGGCCAAUACAAAGAUCGGGAGUGGGCUAUGGGGCCACUUGUUGCUAUCGACCAACUUGUUUGUCAAAGCUAUAUUCACGGUGACUGGUAAAGAUAUGGCUGUGUUCGUCGACCAGUGGGUGAGGACCGGAGGGCACGCCAAAUUUCAAUUGACAUCAGUCUUUAAUAGAAAAAGAAACACCGUAGAACUUGAGAUACGACAGGACUGCGUACACGAGCGCGGUAUACGUAAAUACGUGGGUCCCCUGCUCGUCCAGCUGCAGGAGUUGGACGGUACAUUCAAGCACACAUUGCAGAUUGAGAAUACGGUGGUCAAAGCCGAUAUAACUUGUCACAGCAAGAGUCGGAGGAAUAAGAAGAAGAAGAUUCCUUUGUGCACCGGAGAAGAAGUAGACAUGGAUUUGUCGGCAAUGGACGAUUCUCCUGUAUUAUGGAUUCGUCUGGACCCGGAGAUGUCGUUACUGCGUAGCACUAUAAUAUCGCAGCCGGACUACCAGUGGCAGUACCAGCUGCGUCACGAGCGUGACGUCACCGCGCAGAGCGAGGCCAUAGACGCGCUGCACACGUUCCCCGAGCCGGCCACGAGGAAGGCUCUCACGGACACCAUUGAGAACGAACAGACGUUCUAUAAGAUACGGUGUAGGGCAGCGCAUUGCUUGACAAAGGUGGCGAAUGCAAUGAUAAGUUCAUGGGCGGGUCCGCCGGCGAUGUUGACGAUCUUCCGCAAAAUGUUCGGUUCGUUUUCCGCGCCGCAUAUAAUAAAGCAGAACAACUUCGACAACUUGCAGCAUUACUUCCUGCAGAAGACUAUACCGGUCGCCAUGGCUGGUCUCCGGAACAUCCACGGCAUCUGUCCACCGGAAGUCGUGAAAUUCCUCUUAGAUCUCUUCAAGUACAACGACAAUUCGAAGAAUCAUUUCUCCGAUAAUUACUACAGGGCUGCUUUGGUGGACGCUCUCGCUGCCACGAUCACUCCGGUCAUAUCCGUGCUGCAACCCGGCGCGCCGAUAACGGCAGACUCCCUGUCGGCGGACUCCAGACUGGUCCUGGAAGAGAUAACCCGGGUCCUGAAUUUGGAGAAGGUGUUGCCGUGCUACAAGAACACGGUGACGGUGAGCUGCCUGCGCGCCAUCCGCCGCCUGCAGCAGUGCGGCCACCUGCCCAGCACGCCCAUGAUAUUCAGGGCCUAUGCGCAGUACGGACAGUACAUUGAUGUGCGACUGGCGGCCUUCGAGUGCCUGGUCGAGUUCGUCCGAGUGGACGGGAAGCCGGAGGACCUGGCGUCGCUGCUGACGGCCGUGGAGAGCGACCCCGACCCGGGCGUGCGGCACGGCCUGGCGCGCCUGCUCGUCGACACGCCGCCCUUCGAGCGCGCGCAGAGGCACCGCCUCGACUCCGAGACGGUGGUGCACAGAAUCUGGAACAAUAUAAACAGUAAUUUGUCGAACGACGCUCGUCUCCGGUGCGACCUUGUGGACCUGUAUUACACGUUGUACGGCGCUAAACGCCCUAUUUGCUGUCCGUUACCCGAAAUACAAGCGAUGAUAAAGCAGAACCAUCAAAAAGAACGAGAACGCCUCGAGAGGGAACGAGAAAGGGAGAGGGAAAAAGAAAGGGAGAGGGAGAGACAGAGCAAUCUGGAGUUGAAGCCCGUGAUCAAACAGGAGAUUGAUGACGUGAAAUACGAAUCGACGAUUGGUCCAAUGACGAGUACAGCGCUAUUGGACAAUAAAAUGGACGUGACAGAUGAGAACGUGCUUCCGGUUCCGCUGUCCAGUAUCAAAGAGGAGGACGUGAAGAUUGACGUAACGACAGUUUCCACUGAAAUUCCCUUAAGAGUUUUUAAUGAUGAUUCGAAACGAGAAUUCAGUUCAGAUAAUGCUGUGGCUCUGCCCGGUAUCCCGGGGACUUCGGGACCCAUCGGCUUCGAACCCGGAAUGUUUAGACCCCUGAAGGAUGAGCUCGGAGCCCCUAAGGCAAAGAAAAAGAAGAAAGAGAAAAAGAAGCACAAACACAAACAUAAACACAAGCACAGCAGCAAAGAUAAGUCUAAAGAGCACAAGGACAGGUCGUUGCCCCCGAGCCUGCCCCUCGGCACCGACCAUCUGAAGAUUAAAGAGGAGACCCGUGAGACUCUCAGCUCUUUCAGCUCGAGUCAAAGUCCCUCUGAAGAUAUCUCCAGCACGCAGGGCAAUAUGAGUUUUUGAAGAUUUAAAUUAUAGAAGAUAAGAUUAAUUGUAAUGAGUACAGUAGAUUGGGGGGAAUAAGGACAAAUCUGGGAUGUCACAAUACUUUUGUCGGGUUGUUAGAGAUGUAACUUUGUUGAACUGAAAAUGAUU